GGCAGCCUGGCCCCGGGCUGCUGGACGGAGGCGGGCGCCGAGCGUGCCGCGGGCUCAGCAACACCUUUCCUCGUUUGUCAUGCAGAAUGAAAGGCAUUAAAGGUCCCUUACCAGCCAAGAUGCCCGUCCGUGUGGAUCAAAUGAUGCAGCUGCUUUGCCAUGUUUCUCAGGAGAAGGGAAUGACAGCAGCUGUCAAGCACUCUGGUCGAGGAGCGCUCUUGGCAGGUGCAACUGCAUUUGUUGGGGGUUUGGUUGGAGGUCCACCUGGCAUCGCUGUAGGAGGAGCUCUUGGUGGACUGCUUGGUGCCUGGAUGACCAGUGGACAGUUCAAGCCGGUUCCUCAGAUUUUAAUGGAGUUGCCUCCUGCUGAGCAGCAGAAACUCUUUGAUGAAGCCAUUGCAAUAGUCAGGAACUUAGACUGGACUGAUAUUGCUCAGCUGACUGCACUUGUCAUGGGAAGUGGUCAUCUCCAGCAGCAGCUGGCAGGAGUGGUGAUAAAUUACCUCACCAGAGAGCUAAGUGCAGAGAUAAAGUAUGGGGAGUGAAUCUCCCCGGCGUGUGUUUUUAGAUUGUAGUGAAUUUUACUCUGACAGUUGUGAUUCUUCAAUGUAUCAAUAGUUAGCUACCUUUACUAGUUAUAAAUGUAGGCAGAUCUAAGUAUUACCUCAUUUUUCUUUCUUUCUUUUUUUUUUUUUUAAACAGAAGUUACUUUUGGUUUAUUGUAUUAUCCUGUCACUGCCUUGCUUUGUUAUUUGAAGUACUGUGUAGUGGGAUUGAAUUCAAGAUCACUGAAGGGAAUUCUGGUUCUCUUGCCAUAUAAUGUAGCACUAGGCAAAAUUUUCAAAGUCCUUGUGUUUUAUUUAGGAGAUGUAAUCCUGUUUGUUGAAGUGCUUUAAAUUUCUUCUGUGUAUGGCAUGAAUGCUAAAGUAGGUAGGGCACUUUGAAGAAUUUUACCUGGCAUCUGAGUCUUACAAGGGAAAGUUGCAAGAAAUUAUUUCUACUGUGAACUCAAAAACCUCAAGCCUUUCUCGAUUCUUUGUCACAUUUUUAUUGUAAUUCUUGGAAAUUCGUUUCUGUAAGAAGAGAAGCCAAUACCUGUUCGGAGGAACUUAGAAGAACAGGUAAAAUAAAGUCUACAUAAUUUGUAGUUCCUGAUAUCCUAGAACUGGAAUGUGUGGCAAGGAGACGGGUUAUAACAGGGGAGUGAGGGAGAAGGGCAAGUCUGACGUUUUAUACGGUUAGGAUAGUCAUUUUAGCAUUUGUUUCUCAACUGAUUCUGAAUGUCUAGUCCUCUGUUUUCAUUAAAAUAUUUCUAAGAAGCA